CUCACUUUGAUGCUUAGCGGCCAUCAUGGCUUCGUUUGGCACGAUUCCGAACCGGCUGGUUCAGGGGACGAACGAGAACACAUUUGCCCUGGCCAGUGUCAACUUUGAUUUUUCCCUCGUAUCUCUUGCGGCCCCUACUGAAUUUACCGGCGUCGGGAGCUGCCUGAAUCACAGUCAUCGCGAGAACGCGGAGCAUGGCGCCCUUCACCGUACAGCCCGCAAGCUGGGUGCAUUGUUCGAGGGCGUCGUCCCACCGGCGCCCCGACUCAUAUCGGCCUACGGGAAGCGAGCGAGCGAAAUUAUGAGGAUUCCUGAGCUCAACCCUACCGGAGAGGCUGAAAAGCACGGCCCGUUCGCGGCUUUCGUCGGGGCUGACGCGGCGUCUAUCUGGGCGGCUGCCACAUCGGGGGCCCCUUCAAUAGCCGUCCAUCUGCUUGGGUGCCUGCUUGCUCGGGCUUUCAGCGACCCCGCGAAGUCCACAUCCGCCCUGGCCGAGCUGGUCCACGAGAGACAGAGGGAGAUCAAACGUGAGGCGAAUGCCUCCUCCUCGACGGCCUCGCACGUGGAUGCUCUGAUGGCUACUGAGCAGCCCAUCCAGCGUGAGGAGCUGCAGCAGUGGGACACCAGCGCGAGGGCGUGGCUACAGACGGCCGACUCGGCGAUGCAGAAGGAGUGCGUUCAGCUCAAGUUGAUACUGCAGAACAUCAGCCUGCCUGUUUCUUCGGGGACCUCACUAUACGACGGGGUCGUUCGAGCGUGGUGCCAGGCCAUGGACGGCCUCGAACGCCUCUUGAAUGGUGAGCCACAAAAUGUGACUGAUGGGGCAAUUCUAUUGGCAGUCUCCGCCUGGCAUAUUUAUCCAAAUCUCCUGGUGUUAAGCUCUGAAUCCGUCGAAGUCGACUUUGACGACCGACUUCUGCAGUCGUCCGGCCUUUUGACCGUUGCUAUCAACACUGUGGAAGACUCCCCGGAUGGAAAGGAUGGCCUCCACUGGUCUAUGGCCCUCUCCCGCUACAAAUACUAUGGUAGAGCACUGAAGGCGGUGGGCGAGAUCGACCAUAGGCUGACUGUUGAGCAACUGCAUCUCGUGGCGUUUGGUAGUCUCAUGCAGGGGUGGAAUGUGCCCCGAAACAGCAUGGAAUCAAUGGCGAAGUGGAUGAUGGCCUUGAAAGACUGCCUCGGUCGUACAAAACCGUCUUUGGGUUGUCCAUCAUGGCUAUCUAGCCUGGCCGAGGCGGCAAGAGUCAUUCUAGAUCUCGAUCGUGCAGGAAACGACGAAGCCUUGGCACUAAUCGACUUUGGCCAACGAAGGGGGUCCAACUUUCUUCAUCCCCGGGAUCAGCCGUGCUUGCCUUGGUUUGGUCUACGGUUCCGCCAUAUUGUUGGGGCCCUGUCUGCUCAGACACCAACAGAGAGUGCCGUUGAAUACCUUCGCAGUGUCGCAAGGGCAGGCCAUCUAAGUUUCGACGAGGCCCUCAUCACUUACAUUGCCGGCAUUGCAACUCCUACAGGCAAUAAGCUUAGUAUGCAUGAGUAUUACACCGCAAUCACCCCAGAAAACGACCUCGGAGACAACAAUCUGCAAAAGUCGAUUCAAGUCGACAAUGUGAACGACGUGCCUCAACUUGAAGACGAUUACCCUGCAACUGGCCCUAUUACCCAAAGCACAUCGAAGAUGCCCGAAGCAGGUGGAAACGACGGAGACCAGCUACCUUUGUAUGCUGCCGUCGAAGGUCACCAGACUUGGAAGGGAUGUUUCUCUGAUGAAGAUUACAAUGACAUCUAUGUUGGGCGCCUCAGGACCCGAACCUUCACCCCAGUCCGUAUACACGACGGGUCAGUGUAUGAAUAUGAACCGGGCCUGGGAAGCUCCGGACACAAUCUAGCCUCACUGAACCCUUCCUUACCUGCACCACUGUUGUGCGACGAGUAUUCUUCCCCCAAUAUCGGAGAGCUAUUCAUCAAUAGCAGUGCGAUCUUGCCUGACAACCUGGGAUGGUUUUCCUCCAACCUCGUGAGGUUCAAAAAGUACAUGGGUGACCCAAAUGGUACUAUGCGUCUCUGGUUGAGGGAUGGAAGAGCUGUUGAUGAUUGUGACAAGAUCACGAACCAGAUCGAGUCCUUGCAGUCUGGUGCGAGUGCUGAACUGCUGGACAUUGAAACAGCAACCACGAUGUUGGAAGAAGGGGGUGAUCUAGAUCCCCUGCUUGUCUGGCAGUACCUGGAGGGCGCAGACCCUUACGCGCCGGAUAGAGCGUUCAAAGAGGUUCUGUGGCUGAUGCGAAAAGAGCGCGGGCAAUUCGAGACGACUCUGAAGAGUUUGAGGAGUCUAGAUUGGGCCAACAAAGUAUACGACAGUCUUGACGGAGCGAAAGUGUCUAGCUGUGUUGUCGAGAGAGGGCUGUAUGAUGUGAAGUGGGCCUCGUCGAGUUGGCACACACCUGCGACACUUGCCAUGGCUUUCAGCUGUAUCGCGUUCAUGGACACCGGAAAAGUCAGCUUGGACCCGGAAAGCCUAGAGCAAGUCAUUGCCCUAUCCAGCGGCAACUCUCUAUUCGUGUCCACCCGCUUACUCACGGACCCGUUUGACGAGUUGGAUGAGACUGCCGUCACAAGGAUCGUCGGCAAUGUUGGUGCCCCAGGGGUGAGCCUACUGAUUCCGCCCGCCGCCUCCCCGUUGACUUCAUCGCUUAGCCCGGAGCGAGGGGCCGUGACCUACGCAUCCUUUAACGGCCGUCGCGAGGACAAUUUCAAAGGAACCACACUCCAGUUAUCGCUCACAUCUCAAAGGUUGCCACUGGCGUAUGGGGUUAGCGGCAUCAUAGACCAUCAGGUGUUCUUCGUGGAAUCUGUUAUCAUGGUCCACGACAGCGGGCAGUGGGUCGCAGACUUGGAUAUCCUUGAAGCGUUCAAUAUCACCGAAGCGAACCGAGUGCGCAUACCCAGACGACGAUUGCAAAAGACGUGUACGCAUCCUGAAGGGAUGCUUGACUCUGUUCUUGAUGCGAUCACCUCUGUUGACACAUGGGAGGACGUCCUCGACACUUGCCCCGGUGUCAAUAUCAUUCGUGCCCACCACAACUGGAUGGCUCGGCUGGCGAUGUCAGUCAUGCUGUCUAAAACCCGGGACAGGCAUGCAGGUAAUGAUGAGGACAGUGAUAGCCAAGAUCUGAUGGUGGCACGUAUGAGUCAGAAAUGGGGACGAUUUGCCAUCCUGGAGAACGGGGACGAUGUCUGUUGGGUCUGCUUGCACCGUCGAUUGGCUAAAGUGGCCAAAAUCGAUGCUUCGGAUCCUUUUUAUAUCAUUGCUUAGGGCCCAUGACUGUGAGACCUAAAAGCAAGAAGAGAAAAGAAAAGAAAGCGGAACAGGAAGAGAACCGGGUGCCUCUCAAGCUGCGCACCUAGGUAGGUCAUAUUACGCCUACUACUUAUAUCGAGCUACGCCCGCACUGUAGCCAUUGAAUUAACUGCGUAGGUAACCGAGUGGAGUCCUGUGGGUUUCUUAACUUUAUUGUGUCAAUGUCCGGACGAGUGUUUGCAUGCCCCGAAGACCGUAACUACUUCCUACACGGAAUUCAGUGGAGAAGUAUGGUUCAAUUGGUACCAUCCAAAUUGUAUGUUCUGCGCAGUAACAAGGUAGACCAC